AUGCAGAAUUUAAAUUAUAUUCAAAACUUUCAAGGAAUGAGAGAAAUAAUGAUCGAUGGGGACAAGGUAGAAGCUCCAUCAGAAGAAACUUCUAACUACCCAAGUCUUUGUAUGCAAAAUAUAAUUAAUAUGGUGUAGGCAACUUGAGGACGAUGCACCACUAUUGCCGAAAAAUUCGCUUUAUAGUCUAGACUCUUAAACUACUUGUUGGCUGACCUGAUGGCGACUUCUCAAAUAGUUAUUAGCUAUCCGGAUGGUUUAUUUGAUACCGCUUUUUCCCUUAUAGUUCUGGAGGGUGCAGUUCUUUUUUCUUGGGUGCUACCAGCCCUCAAUGUAGCCUGCAUGAGGUAUCUGGUAACUUUUAACUCCAUAGUACCCGAUAGAGUUUUGAAAGAGGAGUCCUAUCGAUCUUUCGAGAGUCUUGGAGUCACAGUGCAAAGUCUUGUAGAUAGAAAAACCACUAUUCAAACACCGAAUAAAUUUCCGCCCUGGAAGCGGCAGUUUUGGGUGAAUAGAGCACGGAGGCAAAGAAUGCGACGGAGAAGACAUUAAAACCCUUUUAAUUAAUUUUGUACUCAAAAAAGUGGAGAGAAUUUAGACAUUCCAGGUAAAGGGAAUUUUGAGGCUGAUAAAGGUAUCUCAAACGACAACAAACAAGCUGAAAACUCGGCUUCGGUUGAAGAAUUUUCCCAGCGAAUUCAUGGGAUUGAAAGAUUUAUUAAGCAUAGUUUGGCCAAUUCAGGUUUUGAGAAUGCUUUUAAAGAAAUUUUAACAAUUUGUAAAGUGCAAGCAAAUAAAGAUCAGAUCUCAGAGCUGGUGCGCAUGUUUGAAAUUGCCUACAGCAACAUGCUAAAUAGGGAGGCUAAAGGCAAAAACGAAGGAUUAAAUGGUGUUGAUGAGAAAUUUAUGAACUAUCUUAUCCCACCAAUUGAAAAUUCCUCUUUUAAAAUGCCAUCAUACAAAAAUCCUAACCACAAACCAGAAAAUUCGAAAAAUGGAAAACCUAUGCUAAAUGCAGAAAGUGAGAGAAUUCCUACACUUUUAAGAGAAGAUAUGGACAUAGAAAAAAUAUUGAUAACAUGGUUCAAAAAGUGUAAGCCAGCAAUUUUGCAAAUUUUACCACAAGAUAUUAAAUUAAAACUGAUAAGUACAAUAAAUGACUAUGAAAAUGUGAGAGAAGAAAUAUUAAAAUCUGGCGGGGACAUUUCAAGUGUGGAUGAAAUAAUUAGCAGGUUCAAGAAACAUCUAAAUAUGCCUAUUGAAGAUAAAGCUAGAAUUGAGUUAAAGGGGAACUUUGAAGAAAAAUGCAAUAUAGGGUUGCAUGACAUAUAUAUGUUCUACUGUAAACAAUUUGGUCCGAAUGGAGGAACUUCUCCAACGUUUGAGCUAAUAGAAAAAAAUAAUGAAACUAUGAGCUUGGGCAAGUUUUUCAGAUUUUUAAGGGAAUUUGAUCUAAUGGAUACUAAUAAAAGAACUGACAGAAAAAUUUUGCAGAGAAAGUUAGUUCAAAAACUAUUUUUGAAAUUUACCAAUUUUAAAUACGAAAUCAUAUGCAUAAAAUGGCCUAUAUCGAAUGGCCCAUGUUUAUGCAUUUCUGGAUGUAGUUUUUGGUGAGAGAGCUGCCCAAGGGCUGGAUAGUCUUAAAGCGAGAGGCAUAGCACUAUUUCCACUGAUUAAAGGCCUGGCUGAUGCGGCAGUUUUUGCAGCGUUUUGUCAGAAGCGCCCAGGCCCAGGUUGGGCGCUCGAGGCAGGGUAGCUUAUUAUCUUUUGCCUAUAUUGCUUAUAUAGGCUGGCGCACCAAAAUUUUCUCCAACGUUUGAAGAAAAUUCCACACAUGUGAAUUCUCUAUAGUUUCACGUGUGAAAAUUUUCUCCAAAUGUUGGAGACAAUUUUUACAUGCCAGCCUAGAUAAGCAAUUUAGGCAACGCAUAUAUCUCAUAAGCUGUUUCGUGGCUUAUCCCGAAUUUCAUAAGUUGUUGAGUUUUUUCCUUUGGUGAUGAAUCCAAGAAAAAGGGAAGACAUGCUAGGCAGACUGAAGGUCUGCAUCGGCUUCAGUUAAAAAGGGUUUUAUGACGGGGAGAGGCAGCCUAGCUAAGCAGGGCUUGGGAUGGAAUUGCAGGUUCUCAGCAAAGUCCGUAUAACUCUGAUCAUGGAGGGAAAUGCCUCUAUCAAUAAACGGGGUUUCGGCCAUGGCUCAAGUUAACAAUAUAACACCCACUCUAUUGCUCACGACGUAGAAAGCAUGGUUCUAACUCCCCCCCCCCCCCUCCGUGAGCGAACAAAAAAAUUUUGUUCACUCACGGAGGGGGGUUAAUUUUUUUUUUAAAAACAAUUUAUAUAUAUAAAUUUUAUAAAAAAUAUUUUUUUCGAAAUUUAAAAAAAAUCCUAAUUUGCAAAAAUUGGGAAGCAAAUAUAAUUUAAUUUGCAAAAUUUAUGUUUUAAAAACGCAAUUUGUUUUAAAAUUAAACAGAAUUAGCUCUAGAUUUCAUUAUACUAAUUAUCACUUAUAUAUCAAAAUUUUUUUUCUAUUAAAAUUUUUUCUAUUAAAAAUAUUUUUGUUCACUCACGGAGGGUGGGUUUUUGGUCAAAAAAUGGCGAUUUUUCUAAUGGUUUUGUUCGCUCACGGAGGGGGGGGGGGAGUAAGCAAAUGGGGAUUAUGAAGGUAAAUCUUAAAUCAAAUCUAAUUUCAAUAUGAAAUCAACGAAAGCCAAUUUUUGAAGUUCCUCGAGCUUUUAUCAGAAUUCUACUUCGACGUAGAAUACGACUCAAUUAAUGGGACUAGUUAUAGAUCUUUGACUCCGUACGAAAAAAAAUUAUUGCUUUACAAAGACAUAGGCUGUUAUGAUAUUGCGAUUUAUUCAAAGAAAUGCAAAGGCGUUAUCCAUCAUUUUGGGGUUUCUCCCACCAGAAUACCUGAUAACGAUUUAUCGAAAAAUUAUAAGUUUAACCCAGAGAAAUAUGAAGCUCAAAAGCUGCAGGUGCAAGAGUGAAAGAAAAGUAGAGAAGUCAGCUUAGAGAGCGAACCCAAAAAAGCAAAAUCUCUGACUAACUCUCGGUCAGGUCCUUUAACCCAGAGCAAGACUUCUAAAACGUAUUCAAUUGAAUCAUUACCUGAGCCUUCCUACUCUUCAACUCAUCAAGGAGUAAAGAGUUCAUUUACCUUUCAAAACUUAAACGAAAUUGUACCUGAAAUGAUACCAGGGAUUCAGGAAGAAUUAGACCUGAAAAAUUUAAUAAGCGACAAGAAUAGUGACGAUGACGAAUACUUGCAAAAAAACUACCCUCUGGGAGAAACCAGGAGAAGUCCUACAAAAGGAUCAGAGGGGAAAUUAUUGAUGUACAGGGAAAAGAGGCUGAAAAAUAAUGACAAGCUUGCAAGGAAAAUGUCCGAGCAGAUUUUAAGAAGAGCUACUGAGCUUUCUCAAGAGCAAAAUAAAAGUGAAAGAAGGAGACUUUAUGGCUUUAAGCUUUAA